AGGUCCGUAUUCGUUAUACGUUAGCCUGACUGUACGUAUGUUCUGUCUGUUUCCCGUGCCGACUCGCGUGUAAUUUCGAUUCGUCGUUUUUACACGAUAAGUGUUGAAAUAUUACAGGUUCCUGCUUUUAUAAUUUUUAUUUCAACAAGCUCAGGCGCAGUUGUAAUUUAAUUGUAUUUUAUUAUAAAUUUCAACCAAAAAUGAGUACUAAAGAAGCGAAAAACGAUGUUGCUGUAGAAAAAAUCGCAGAAAACGACGACGUAGACCCCAAGGCCGACAUUAAAGGAACCAAAAGGCCGGCAGAUGAUAAGUCUGAUGAGGUGAAGAAACAGAAAAAAGAGGAGAAUGGAGAAGAAGACCUUGAUGAAGAAGAAGAAGUCGAAGGAGAAGAAGAUGAUGAAGAAGAAUUAGCAGAAGGUGAAGAUGAUCUAGAUGAAGCUGAUGUUUGUUCAGAAGAAGAUGAAGAUGACAUUGAUGGUGUAGAUGAAGACGAUGAUGAUGUGUAAACUGACUAAAUGUACAAUUGAACAAGUCUCUUAAUUUUAUAUAAUUUUUACAUAGUGCGCAUGUACUCGAUGUCUCCCGUUUGAUAGAAUUUUGAUUUCAAAAUGUAAUUUUUUAUACAAAUAUGCCAUCAAAGCUUUUUUGCUACUGAGUGACUUGGACAUAAAUGGUUUUUUUAAAUUUAAAAAACACGUGAUUCCUAAUAAAUUUUUCUGUGUACUUGUUCCAAGUCUUAAGUCACUCACUAUCAAUUAAGUUUUGUGCAUGUUCCUUGUGGAAUAAGUUUUUAAACUCCUAACUAACAGUUGAUUGAAAUAUUUAAAAUUAACUCGACCACUCAAUGUUUUUUUUAAUUAUUGUAACAAAUUACAACACAAUAAAUGUUUUUUUUUUUUUA